AUGACCAACAUGUACUGCCAGAAAUGCCGCACUUCGCUGAAGCUCGACGGCUCCCUUGAGUCACUAAACCCAGCAGCUUUUGACUUGCUCGUUGGAUCUUCCGGUCGCACACUCCCAGACCAUACAAACUCAUCCCGCCCUCCCUACCCCCAAGAACGUCGAGACCUCUACGACCACGUCUCCAAACAAAAUCACACCCCCGUCUACAGAAGAUCCAUCCCCGCGCCUCGCCAUGCCGGGACCCAACCCAACACCCCUCGCCUGCCUCGGGGUGAUAGCGGAAACAUGUCUUUUGUAAUGCUUACAGAGUCUCAAGUCGGGCCGCCGCACGCGGGAUCGGGUGAUGGUCAGCGAUGGGCAGCGGGGGAAAACAACAGGGUAGAAGAUGGAGGAGGGUCGUUUUCGGACCAGGUUGAGCGGGCGAAUCGGUUAUUUGAGAUUAUUUCAUCGCGGUCUGAUAUUGAUCAUCCGAUUUGUAUGGAAUGUACGGAUAUGCUUGUGGAUGGGUUACAGAAGAGGUUGGUGAGUGCUACGAAGGAGCGGGAUGCUUAUAUUUCGUUUCAGAGGAAUUUGAACUCCUCUGUUCCGACAGCAGACGAGAUCGAGAAUGCGGAGGAGUCGCUCAAGGAGACACUAGAGGCUGAGGAGGCUGCAUUUGCGGAGCUUGUGGAGUUGGAGAAAGAGAAGGCUAUGUUGGAUGAGGAGAUUGCUGGUUUGGAGGAAGAGUCGCGGCAGUUGGAUGUCGAUGAGGAGGCGUUCUGGCGGGAUCGGAACUCUUUUGCCUUGACGCUGUCGGAUUUUCAGAACGAGAGGGAUGCUUUGAAUAUGCGAUACGACCAUGAUUCACGCCAGCUGGAACGACUGCAACGAACCAAUGUUUACAACGACGCCUUUUGUAUAGGUCAUGACGGCUACUUUGGUACCAUCAAUGGAUUGCGGCUAGGCCGUUUGACCAAUCCAUCAGUGGAGUGGCCGGAGAUUAACGCAGCCUGGGGUCAAACGGCACUGCUGUUAUCCACGAUUGCGGAAAAGCUAAACUUUCAAUUCCAAGUAUAUCGACUGAAACCACUGGGCUCGACCUCUCGAAUUGAAAAGAUAGAAUAUCCUCAAUCCCCCGCGCAAUCCACCCUGGGAGGCAACGGGAACGGGACCGGGGUACCAUCUGGACCUCCCAAGAUCACUGUGUUGGACCUGUUCUCCUCGGGGGAUCUUCCCUUGAACCUACCUUGGAUACACCGCCGCUUCGAUGCAGGGAUGGUCGCAUUCCUCGAAUGCUUACGACAGCUAGGCGAAUAUGUUGAGAAGACCCCUGCGCCGGGCCGUCGCAGCAGUAGUGGCGGUCAUGGGGCUACGGUUCCCGGGCUGAAACUGCCGUAUACGAUCUCACGCGACAAAAUCGGCGACGCAAGUAUCAAACUUGGAUUCAACCAGAACGACGAGACGUGGACGCGGGCAUGUAAAUACACGCUAACGUGCUGUAAGUUUCUAUUGGCACACGUGAGCAACGUUGCCAGCGCGGGAUCUGGCAGCCAGUCUGCAGCCGUUGCAACGGCGGGGGAAGCCGUCCGGAGUCCGUAG